GGUUUUUGUAGUACAAGAAUUGGAUUAAUUUUUAAUUAAGUUUAAUAACCCAUAGUAUACAUGUCAUGUUUGGAAGGAUAUCUUAGAUAUAUAAUCUUAUUCAAAAUUUAGAACUCCCAUAUGAAAACAGAGGAGAGGCAAAUGGGAAAAUGGUCAAAAUUGUAAAUUGGAGCAAAUUGAGAUGCUAUGAUGUUCCCCCGGUGGUUGGGAAGGGGAAGAAUGACCGUUGUUAUUUCAGGUAAUUGGUCAUCAAAGACAACCUGAAUUGCCUCCUAAAAUGUCGCAAAUAUAAAUCCUAAGAAGGCUCAACCCCCUAACUUAGCUCAUAACCUCUUGGUUUGUCGCCUCUCUCUGGGAACACAGACACUCCCCCAAAAGAAAAACAGAGAGAGAAAUAGAGAGAGAGUAGAAAGAGGAGAGGGGAAGGAAAAAAAAGAAGAAAGAAAACAAGGAAAAAAAAGGUCAUGAUCUAGGUCUGGUCCAUCCCACCAAGGUCAUGAUCUUUUCAUCUUCAUAGAACAAUUACAGACAGGAUUUUGAAAUCCAAAACAGGGGGUUGGGUUAGAUUUUUUAAUUUUUUAUUCUUUUGCAAGAGAAAGUUAGGGAAAAAAGAAAAAAGGAACAAUGGCGACGAAACGUUCUUUCACCCGUUUUGUAGAACAGGAGAUGGGAAAGUUCCCACAUUUCGUAGUUUGUGCAGUCCUUGAAUGGGUUCUCAUAAUUUUGCUUUUCAUUGAUGGGUUUGUUGCAUUUUUGGCAAGCGAAUUCGCCAAGUUCUUUGAAUUGCGAGUUCCUUGUUUGUUCUGCACCAGAAUCGACCAUGUUUUUGUUAACAAAAAUGCAGAUUUCUACUACAACAAUGCCAUUUGUGAAAGCCACAAGAAGGAUGUUUCAUCUCUUGCAUAUUGCCACAACCACAAGAAACUCUCUGACAUUCGGAAGAUGUGUGAGGUCUGUCUUCUCUCAUUCGCAACCGAGAAGGAAUCCGAUUGCAAUACCUACAAGUCGCUCGUGGGAAUAUUGCACAAGGAUCUUGAAUGUUUUGUGGAGGACGAUAAUUGUCAAGUUGUGAGACAGCCGCCCGUGGGGAAGAAAGAUGAAGGCCUGCAAAUGGAGAAAGUGAGUGGUGUUGGUGGUGAUGAUUGUUGUUGUUCAUGUUGUGGGGAAUCAUUGAAGGUUAAAUCCUCCAAUUCAAAAGGGAAAAAUGGGAGUACCUUUUCACAAGCUCCUGCUCCUUCGCCACGAGCUGGGUUUGUGCCUGCUUUCAGAAACGAGGACAAAACUAGCUUGGAAUUGCCGCAUGUUAAUUAUACCGAACUCAAAUUGUUGUCAGAUAGUGAAUCGGAGUUCGUCGAAGACGAUGAAGGUUUACAUGGAAGAAAUCUUGACGCUCAUCAAUUUAAGGAGGAUGUGAAACCUGUUAAAGUGCCAUUGUUACCUGAACCUGAGGAUGUGCAUGAAAGUUCGAGGACCCCCAUCUUUGGUAGAGGAAACAAAUUUUUUGGUAUCCCACUUACGGAUUCUGAUAAUACCAGUCCCAGAUGGGCUAUUAGGAUCUCUAGAAAAUCACCACUUGAAAGACCAGAGCUCCCAGCUGAGAAUUAUGAGGCUGAUAUGUUGGGGCCAGGAGACAAUGAUUCCAUUUUGAAUUGCUUGAAAAGACAAGUUCGGAUAGAUCGAAAAUCGCUCAUGGAGUUGUACAUGGAACUGGAUGAAGAAAGAAGCGCUUCAGCCGUGGCAGCAAACAAUGCAAUGGCCAUGAUUACUCGCUUACAAGCCGAAAAGGCGGCCGUUCAGAUGGAAGCUUUGCAGUACCAAAGAAUGAUGGAAGAACAGGAAGAGUAUGACCAGGAAGCCUUACAAGCUACAAACGAUUUGCUUGCUAAGAGAGAGGAAGAAAUCAGGGACUUGGAGGUUGAACUUGAAGCUUACAGAGAAAAAUAUGGAUAUCUUGAGGAAGCUUGUCUUCAGAUGUCUGAAGGAGAGAUAUCUGAUGAAGAUUACCAAGAAUUCAAGUCACAAGCCUAUUUAUCUUCUGAUGAGAAAUCUGAAUGUAAUACACCUUUUAGUCUCAAUGGAAGAGGGAACAAGGAAAAUUUUAAGAAUUUUGACAGGACGAUUAUACCCUCCGCGUUGAAGAUUGAAAGAGAAAAUAGCAAAGAAGAAAUUACAAACAAUCAUGGGGUAGCCUUGCCAUUCUCCCAAGGGAAGGCUGAAGGAGAAGAUAGCAAAGAACACAGUACAAACAAUCAUGGGGUAGCCUUGCCAUUCUCCCAAGGGGAGGCUGAAGGAGAAGAAAGCAAAGAAGAAAGUACAAACAAUCAUGGGGUAACCCUGCCAUUCUCCCAAGGGAAGGCUGAAGGAGAAGAGAGCAAAGAAGAAAGUACAAACAAUCAUGGGGUAGCCCUGACAUUCUCCCAAGGGGAGGCUGAAGGAGAAGAUAGCAAAGAAGAAAGUACAAUCAAUCAUGGGGUGGCCCUGCCAUUCUCCCAAGGGAAGGCUGAAGGAGAAGAUAGCAAAGAAGAAAGUACAAUCAAUCAUGGGGUGGCCCUGCCAUUCUCCCAAGGGAAGGCUGAAGGAGAAGAUAGCAAAGAAGAAAGUACAAUCAAUCAUGGGGUGGCCCUGCCAUUCUCCCAAGGGAAGGCUGAAGGAGAAGAUAGCAAAGAAGAAAGUACAAACAAUCAUGGGGUAGCCCUGCCAUUCUCCCAAGGGAAGGCUGAAGGAGAAGAUAGCAAAGAAGAAAGUACAAACAAUCAUGGGGUAGCCCUGCCAUUCUCCCAAGGGAAGGCUGAAGGAGAAGAUAGCAAAGAAGACAAACAAUCAUGGGGUAGCCCUGCCAUUCUCCCAAGGGAAGGCUGAAGGAGAAGAUAGCAAAGAAGUAAGUACAAACAAUCAUGGGGUAGCCCUGCCAUUCUCCCAAGGGAAGGCUGAAGGAGAAGAUAGCAAAGAAGUAAGUACAAACAAUCAUGGGGUAGCCUUGGCAUUCUCCCGAGGGAAGGCUGAAGGAGAAGACCAAAAUGAACCAGUGACAAACUUUAAAGGAGAAAAAACAUAUCUUUUAGGCCGCUUGAAAAGGUCAAAGAAGAACAUUAACUCCUUAUCCUCCGAGGAUCUAGUUUCGUCCCUGCAAUCAAGAUCUGCCAGUGUCAACCGAGUAGAUGAAGUUACAGGAAAAGGAAGAGCUGCACUGACCCGAAAGCUCUCUCAUCUUAAUGAGUUCAAGAUCAUGAGAGUACUCAAAGCAGACAACGAAUUCUCCAAGCAUGAAGGAAAAGUAUCUUUAGCUGAGACUUCUCACAAUUUAGGGAAACCUCAGAACCUUGUCGACCAGAACAGUGAUUCUUAACUUCCCAUAUUGUUUGUUUUAUUUCUAGGAUGUACAUAGUGUUGUAUGACGUGCUGAAUAUAGAUAUAAAUCUCCUUGAAGCUCAACAGCUGCUAACUUCUUCCAUAGCAAUGCAGAGCUAAAAACCAUUUUCGGCUGCCAGCGAUGGGUGUAGAAGGCUUUCCUUUUUCUUUUCUAUUACUUUACUAUUCAGCAGCAGAGUGGAAAUGGUGUUCAAGAAAGUGCUUUUGGAUUUACACAUCAAAAGCCACAGAACAAGGGAAAGAAAAAAGGCCAAUAUUCCUUCUUUUUGAGGGCAUAGUUGGACUAAUGAUAGAACCUCAAGGGAAAACUAGAAAGACAAGGCGUUCGGGCUUCCAUCCCAUUUACAACGAGAAAAAUGUUAGCGUUGUAUGAUGCAAGAAGAGUUCUUUAAAGUCAUAAUCAUCCCCUCCCCCUUAAUGUCUUUUCGAGUUUACUAAAAUGACAGCAAUAUGCAAGGAAUUUUGAUUGGUUUCAUCCCAUUUACUACUUCAAAACUUGGAGAGGGAAGACGCCAGUCCUUUUUAACGGAAGGAGAUAUCUUUUUCUUUGUCAUUUAUUGAUCUAAUCUAGCAAGAAGGAAUUCAACUA